UCCACGACAACACCGCCGCCCCCAGUCUCUCCCCCCGUCAACUCUCACCCCCAGAGACCAUCACGACAAUCGGCAAAAAUGGCGGACAACGACUCCCCCGUCACCCUCCGAACUCGCAAGUUCAUCCGCAACCCUCUGCUGGGCCGCAAGCAGAUGGUCGUUGACAUCCUCCACCCCAACCGCGCCAACAUCUCCAAGGAUGAGCUCCGCGAGAAGCUCGGCGGCCUCUACAAGGCCCAGAAGGACCAGAUCUCCGUCUUCGGUCUCCGAACCCAGUACGGUGGCGGCAAGACCACCGGCUUCGCCCUCGUCUACGACUCCCCCGAGGCCAUGAAGAAGUUCGAGCCCCAGUACCGAUUGGUGCGGGUUGGCCUCGCCACCAAGGCCGAGCGUGCCUCGCGACAGCAGCGCAAGCAGCGCAAGAACCGACAAAAGACCCUCCGCGGAACGGCAAAGGUCAAGGGUGCCAAGGCGAAGAAGGACAAAUAA